UGAAUCUGUGCCCUGCCCUGGGGGGAAGAGAAAUCUUUAAAAUAAUGUAUUUUGGGUCAAACUAACGCAAGUUUCCUUCAAUUUUAUAAACAAAAACAACGACUGUUAACCAUGGGCGACGAGCGAGGACCUUUGGAGGCAUCUGAUGAAGAGGAGGAAAUGAAGGUGUCUCUUCACAGCACCCCCCGCCCACUGCCUGACGCCAUCAAGAGGAUGCCUCGUAGUGAAACGGUGUGCCGAUACUGUGGAGUCAGCUACCUCAUCUACAACGAGUUCCAUGAGCUCAACAGCAGGAUCGCUCAGUUAGAGUCUGCGCUCCAAAAAACCAGAGAGUCUGCUCUGAAGGAGAAAGCCCAACGAGAAGCACUUGAGCUGGGCAUGCACGAGCGGGAGAGGGCCCUGCAGAGACAAGCGGAGCAAAAAGAGACGCGCAUGAGAGAGGAAUAUGAGGAAAAAUCGAAGCAAAUCACACAGACAAUGAAGAAAGAGUUUGAGGAAAAGUUCGAGAAGGAGAAACGGGUAAGAGAAGAGGAAGUUCAGAAAAUUAACAAUGAAACGAUGCAGCAGCUCCGACGAGAAAUGGAGGAGAUCGAGUCGCGCAAACUGGCAACACAGAAAGCCGAGCUGGAGGCGAGCUGUUCGCAGAGAGAGAAAGUUCUCAAUGACGCACUUCAAAAGGGCAGUAAAAAGCUCGCAGAUAGCAGAGAAUACGGCCAACAGCUGGAGCAGAGGUUGGCUGAAGCGGUUGCAGUGAAGGAGAAGGCAGAGCAGCAGAUAGAAGAAGAAAAACAGCAACGUGAUAAUCUCAGAUACAAGCAUAAACAACAACUGAAGGAACUGCGAAGAAGCCUCUCCUCACUGCGCUCCUUCGGCAGCGACCUUACAGAUUUACGGGGUUUCCUGUUCACACUCGCAGGGGCUUGGCAAACCUUCAGCUGUCAGCUCCAGCAGCAGAGCGCGCAGGUGGUGUCAGGGAUACGGCACGAUUUGGCACGUUUUGCCGGUGAAUUGCACAAAACCACGUCGGAAAAAGAUCGUCUGACUUUGCAGCUGAUGGAGCAGAUGAAACAAAGCGAGGAGCAGUUGGCAUUGCACAAGAACUCAGAGAUGGACUACAAAGCCACACUUUUAAGGGUGAAAAGUGAAUUGGAGAGGACGCGUGAGGAGUGGUUGUCAAGCCAACAGAGAUGUGACACAUUACAGGAGCAGCUAUCCACAUGGCAACAGAGACUAGAACAAAUGAGUGGGAAGUACCACGCAGCUGAGGAGGAAAUGACUGGACUGAGGGCGGCUUUGGAGAGGGCCGAGCUGGAUGCCAGGGAUGCACGCCGAGACAGGGACAUGUUGACAGAAUCACACCAGAGAGCCUUGGACAAGCUGAAGGACGACUUCCAAAAUAAACUAGCCUUAAAGCUGAGGGAAGCUCUGGAGAAGCAGCAGUUGGAGCAUGAGACCCAGCUCCAGCAGCAGAUGUCUGAGGUCCGCCGGGAGUCCAGUCUGGAGCUGAGCAUCCACUCAGAGAAGAACCGCACACUACUUUUGCAGUAUCAGCGCGACUCAGCCCGGCUACAACAGAAGUUGACUGAGCGGGACCAACAGGUGGAAAGGCUUCAGGCGGAGCUAGAGGAGGAGAGGAGGAGCGCAGAGGAGCAGAGGAGGUCUGAGGAGCAGCAGAGCAGGAGACGAGAGGAGGAGGUCCAGGAGGAGAGGGAUUCGUGGAGACAGCAGCUGCACGAGGCUCAGACCGAACUGCAAACCAUGACCGAGAGCAACAGACUCCUGCAACAAGAGGUGGCGUUCCUGGAGGAGACGGUGCAGAGAGAGUGUGAGGAGAGAGAGCAGCUGACCGCAGCUUUGUCCCGAAGCUCAGGAGCAGCUUCUGACCCUCCACUCCCCUUCACCCCAUCAGACCUCAAAGACCACCCCAGGACCCCCCGAGAGCCUGACCAGAGCACCCCUCAGCCGCUCCUCCACUCCCCCCAACAGCCUGCGCUACUCCCCACACACAGGCAGGGGGCAGCGCAGGGGUCCAGGGGUGGACAGAGGUGAGGGGAGGGGCAGGAAGGGGAGUCUGCCGAGGAUCACAGAGGGAGGAAUAGAUGGAGUGACACGUAAGAUUGGUUUAGUGAUGAGGCUAAAUGAGAUGAAUAAAAAAGAAUGAAAACAAAAAGUGAAUUCUCAACUUUUUAAAUAAUAAUUAGUGUUUUAAAACUGUAUGUCACUGCUGCCCAUGUCCAACCUGAAAGGAGAAUUUCUUAGUGCUAAUUUAAGGCAAGGGUGUAGGUUUGCGUAGGGACGGUGGGGACGUGUCACAACCAAUAUCUGGGGAAGACAAAAUAGUCCCUACGAAUAUUUGUCAUUUUAUCAUAAUAAACAAAAAUAUACAAUUUAUUCUGAUAUUUUUCCAAACUCACUAGUAUUAAUUUAACACGUUUUAGUUCACAUUUUGUUUAUUAGAUGUUCUGAGAUGUAUUCAGUGAUAUAAACUGGGGGAGCGGCAGGACAGUGCAGCACCUGAAGACGGCGGCUUGAGCAGCGUGAGUGAAGACGCUGCACACCAAACUUUGAAAAACUUUUCAAAAGGAACUUACUUGGCUUCAUCUUCAAUUAAACUUGUCUUAUAAUGACACCACAAGUGCACCUCCCAAACAGAGCCCUACUCGUGCACUGUGAGCAGCCGGACUUACAAAUAUCUCAUCACCAACAAGCAAAGGGAAAUCUGCUACAAACUUCUACAUCACUGUUAUCCGGUAAAGAAUCAUCUUAGAAGGGCAACGGACACAAACUGUACAUUUUGCAAACUGAAAAAUGAAACCACCUCUCACUUAUUUUGGACCUGCCCAGACUCUGUGUGUUUUUGGAAAGAAUUCAUAAAACACAUACACAACUUCUUA